AUGACGGGGGCAAGUGGCGCGAGCGUGGCCGGUAGUCCAUUACCAAAAUGGCAACUCGCUUUGGCUGUUGCAGCGCCGGUUGCUUUGGGGCUUGGUUACAUGUAUUUUAAAAAUUCUAAACCGUCAUCGAAGCCUAGCCGCGGCAAAUCGAAGAACAACUUGAAGAAAAACGGUGCCGUAGCUGCCGAUAAACAAAUAUCAAUCGACAUCGACAGUCCACCGAAAAGUACUACAGAGCCAGAGACUCCAUUGAAGAAAGCUCAGAGAUUAAAAAAUGAAGGGAACGAGCAGUUUAAAAUAGGAAAAUAUGAUGAAGCAAUAAGUCAUUACAAUAGUGCGAUUGAAGCAUGUCCUAAAGAAAACACAGAAGCUCUUGCUACUUUUUAUCAAAACAGAGCAGCUGCCUAUGAACAACUGAAAAAAUAUAGUAGUGUGAAAGCAGAUUGUACAAAAGCCUUAGAAUUAAAUCCAAGGUAUGUAAAAGCACUAUUACGUCGAGCAAGAGCAAUGGAACACUGUAAUGAAUUAGAAUCAGCUUUAGAAGAUGUCACUGCUGCUUGUAUUUUGGAAAAUUUUUCAAAUCAAAAUGCAAUGUUAAUGGCAGAUAGGGUUCUAAAACAAUUAGGUAGACAACAUGCAACAGAAUAUUUGGCAAAUAAAAAAUUAGUUAUGCCUAGUAAAUAUUUCAUCAAAACAUAUAUUAUUACUUUCCAUAAAGAUCCUGUCUUUUCAAUGCUUCAAGAUAUUGAUUAUAGUAACGUAUCACUGGGCUUUGCAAAAGCUUUACAAUGUGUAAAAGAACAGAAGUAUGAUGAUGUAAUACCAAUUUGUACUGAAGAAAUCAAUAGUUCUGAUCCAGAUACAUUGCCACAUAAAAUGAAAGUUUUACUGUUACGGGCUACAUUUUAUCUGUUAUUAGGACAACAUGAUUCUUCAAUCCAAGACUUUGGAACUAUUAUAGAUAAUGACAGUGUUCCAGAAGCUAUAAAAGUGAAUGCCUUAAUAAAGAGAGCUACCUUAUUUAUGCAAUUAGAAAAUCCAGACAAGAGUUUCUGUGAUUUUGAAACUGCUGCUGAACUUGAUCCUGAAUGUGGAGAUGUUUAUCAUCAUAGAGGACAUGUAAAUUUGCUUAUGGAUAAGAUAGAUGAAGCCAGAGAAGAUUUCAGAAAAGCUGUUGAACUCAAUCCUAACUUUGGAGUAGCAUAUGUACAAAAAUGUUAUGCAGAUUAUCGAUAUGGUACAAUGAUAAGAAGUAAAGAAAUAAUAGAGAAAGCCAUGAAAAAUUUUGAAGCUGCUUUUGAAAAAUUCCCAGAUUGUCCAGAAUGUUAUACUUUAUAUGCACAGAUGUUAACGGAAAUACAAGAAUAUCAGAAAGCAGACACCUACUUUGCUAAAGCAAUUGAGAAAGAUCCAAAUAACGCUACAGUCUAUGUACAUAGAGGUUUAUUGCAACUGCAAUGGUAUGGUAAUGUUGAAAAAGCUAUUGAAUAUAUUAAUAAAGCAUUGGAGAUGGAUGAUAAAUGUGAAUAUGGAUAUGAAACUUUAGGAACGAUCGAAGUUCAAAGAGGAAACGUAGAAGAAGCGAUAAAACUAUUUGACAAGGCCUUAGCAUUAGGUCGCACGUCUAUGGAACUUUCACAUCUAUUCAGUUUGAGAGAUGCCGCAAAAACACGACUUACAAUAAAAGAAAGAUUAGGUUUGGAUGUAAUGUUGAAUUUUCAGAAUAUUUCAUAAGUUUUUAUGGAAUUAUACUGAUUAAAAUUGAAAUUUCAAAUUAAAAAUACACGUGGUUACCAGAAUUAAAGAGUUUUCAUAAUAAAGUUUCAUAUAUAUGUAAAACAUGAACAUAAUUUUGUACAGGGUUUUAAUAGAAGUUCUGCAAUAAUAGAAUUAUUGAUUGCUUUUGCAACUACACACAUGUGUACUCGUUCCUCUUAUUCAAUACUUUUACAAGUUCAAACAUACUUCUUUUAUGAACAAAAUCUCAAGUACGUAAUGUUUUUGCCGAUAGUUUCUGUAAUCAAGACUUUUAAAAGUUGCAUUUAUGAAAUAUUUAGUUUUUUUUUAUUAGAUUUAA